AAAUUUUUUCAGUGUUUAAUUUAUAUUUAACAUUUUUAACAAAUCAAAUAGGCUUGAUAUGGAAGGAAAAAAAAAGACGAUAACCCAUAACACAAAUGAAAAAGAACAAAGAAAAAUGACGAAUUUAUUAAUUAAUAAAAAAAAAAAUAAAAGAGAAGGAAAGAAGGAAGAGAAAUGAAGGCAGAGGCGUGGGAUAAGAGAGAUCCGAAGAAUCGAUUCGGUUUACCCGCCAACUUGUUCAAAACGUGUUCCUCCAUUCCCGGACUUACUUUCUCUCUCUUGUCUCUCUCUACAACCACACAAAAAUGUGAAGAAGAAACACACCAUUGCAUAGCAUAGCACCACUACUACACUCUCCACGGAACCCUCAUAUCAACAAUGGCAACUCUCUCUGAAACAUACGCCUGUGCACCUUCCACCGAACGAGGCCGCGGAAUCCUCAUCUCCGGCGAUUCCAAAACUAACAACAUUCUCUACUGCACCGCACGAUCCGUCAUAAUCCGCAACCUCGACAAUCCGUUACAAGUCUCCGUCUACGGCGAACAUUCUUAUCCUGUAACCGUCGCCCGUUAUUCUCCCAACGGUGAAUGGAUCGCGUCCGCCGAUGUUUCCGGUACCGUCCGUAUUUGGGGGACUCACAAUGAUUACGUUCUCAAGAAUGAGUUUCGUGUCCUCUCUGGUCGGAUCGAUGAUCUUCAGUGGUCCGCUGAUUGCUUGAGGAUCGUUGCGUGUGGAGACGGAAAGGGAAAAUCAUUUGUUCGCGCCUUUAUGUGGGAUUCAGGUUCCACUGUUGGUGAUUUUGAUGGCCAUUCGCGGCGAGUUCUAAGUUGUGCAAUCAAACCAACAAGGCCAUUCCGCAUUGUCUCAUGUGGAGAAGAUUUUUUAGCAAAUUUUUAUGAAGGUCCACCGUUCAAGUUCAAUAUGUCCAUCAGGGACCAUACGAACUUCGUCAACUGUGUUAGAUAUUCUCCAGAUGGGAGCAAAUUUAUUACAGUUAGCUCAGAUAGGAAGGGUAUUAUAUAUGAUGGAAAGACUGGGAAUAAACUUGGAGAGUUUUCCGAAGAGGAUGGUCACAAGGGCAGCAUAUAUGCUGUUAGUUGGAGUCCUGACAGUAAACAGGUUCUUACUGUGUCUGCUGACAAGUCAGCAAAAGUAUGGGAUAUUGAUGAGAAUGGUAGUGGAACAGUGCAUAAGAAUUUGGCUCUUACUGAAUCUGGUGGGGUAGAGGACAUGCUCGUUGGUUGUCUUUGGCAGAAUGAUCAUUUGCUUACCGUGUCCCUUGGUGGCAUGAUCAAUUUAUACUCUGCUAAGGAUCUAGAUAAAAGCCCGUUGUCAUUAUCUGGUCACAUGAAGAAUAUCACCGUUUUGAAUCUGCUCAACAAAAGUGAAAAAAUGCUUUUGUCCAGCAGCUAUGAUGGAGUGAUCAUUAGAUGGAUUCCAGGCAUUGGGUACAGAGGUAAGUUUGACAGCAAACAAUUUGGAUUAAUCAAAUUGUUAGCAGCUGCUGAAGAAGAAGUUGUUACUGCUGGAUUUGACAACAAGGUAUACAGAGUUCCCCUUGAGGGGGAUAAUUUUGGUCCUGCCGAGCAUGUUGAUGUUGGAAGCCAGCCAAAGGACCUGUGCCUUGCACUUAAUUCCCCUGAACUUGCACUUAUUGCAAUUGAAUCUGGGGUUGUCUUACUUAACGGUCCGAAAAUUGUCUCCACCGUAAACCUGGGCUUUGUUGUGACUGCAUCUACUAUUUCACCUGAUGGCAGUGAAGCAAUUGUAGGCGGGCAAGAUGGCAAGCUGCAUAUUUAUUCAGUCUCGGGAGAGACCCUUACAGAACAGACUGUUCUUGAGAAGCACCGAGGUGCAAUCAGUGUAAUCAAAUAUUCUCCCGACGUUUCUAUGUUUGCAUCCGCUGAUUUGAAUCGUGAAGCUGUUGUGUGGGACUGUGCUUCUAGAGAGGUGGUGCUUAAUAACAUGUUGUUUCACACUGCACGUAUAAACUGUCUUGCUUGGUCGCCGGAUAGCAAAUUGGUAGCUACUGGUUCACUUGAUACAUGUGUCAUUAUAUAUGAAAUUGGAAAACCAGCAUCAAGCCGCAGAACCAUAAAAGGUGCUCAUCUAGGUGGAGUGUACGGGUUGACUUUUAUUGAGUCAGAAACAGUGGUCAGUUCAGGAGAAGAUAGCUGUGUUCGUGUUUGGACUUUGAAUUCGGAAUAAACUAGCAUCAGAAUCUACCAAUGCAUGUUGCAGUUUUGUGGUAUGAAGUUGAUUGCUGCGCUGUAUUAUUAUAUGAUAUGAUUAUCUUCACUGUUAUGCAAUGGUUAUGCAGCUGGAAGAAAAGUUGAGGUUACGGUAGCCUUCAGGACCUAGGUGUCUAUUGUUUGACAAAUUUCUCCUUGAACUAGCAGUCUUAUUUUUUAUUAUCCAAGCUUAUUUAAAUAUGCAGAGGUGGGGUAUUCCUAGUUAUUUCCAAAGAAAUUGGCAAUUGGUCUUUGUCUAAGCAAA